CGCUACGGCAGGGCGCGCGGCCGUGAGGGAGCCGCGAGCCGCCAGGUUCCCGCCGGGGAUGGAGGCCGCCGCGCACUGCUCCCUGAAGGCGAAGCGCCUCCUCCUCGACCCCAAGUUCGAGGGCUACAAGCUGUCCCUGGAGCCGCUGGCCUGCUACCAGCUGGCGCUUGACGCGGCUGUUGCAGAAGUCAAACUUCGUGAUGAUCAGUAUACCCUCGACCACAUGCGUGCUUUUGGCAUGUAUAAUUAUCUUCACCUAGAUUCCUGGUACCAGGAUAAUGUCUACUAUAUUGACCAGUUUGGAAGAGUUAUGAAUGUGUCAGUAACUCUGGAUACUGCUCUACAAAAACCAAGAGAAGUUUUCAGGCUACCUACAGACUUGACAGCUUAUGAUAAUCGUCUUUGUGCUUCAAUAUAUUUCUCAUCUUCCACUUGGGUGACCCUUUCUGAUGGAACAGGGCGACUGUAUUUAAUUAAAUCAGGCAAGCGUGGAAACACUGCAUCUGAAAAGUGGGAGAUUGUGUUUAAUGAAGAACUAGGCAGUCCAUUUACUAUAGCACACAGUGUUUCAUUUGUAAAAUCUGAUACACAUUCAGUAGCUGUGCUGUUACUUAGAGUAGAAAAGGAUGAAUUGGACACAAAAGGAAGUGGAUAUCAUAUUUCCUUGGAAUGGGUUACAAUUGCAGAGAUGAGUAAAGAGGGUGAUCAUAGAUAUGAGAUCUUCAAAAGGAGAGUUUUGCAAGGAAAAUCGGUCCCUCAUUAUGCAGCGAUUGAACCAAAUGGAGAUGGUUUAAUGAUUCUCUCCUACAAACCAUUCAAAUUUAUGCAAGAUGAGGAAGACAAGUUAGAAGAAAAUGAUGAUGAAAAAGUAACAAAUAAAAAGAAAGACCCUCUCUAUUACUGGCAGCAGACUGAAGAUGACUUGACAGUAACAGUUCACAUUUCUCAAGAUACCAUUAAGGAUGACAUAAAAGUACAGUUUUCCCCUGAUAACAUAUGUGUUACACUGAAAGACCAGCCUCCUUUAAUGGAAGGAAAACUCUACUCAUCUGUGGACCAUGAAAGCUGCACAUGGAUAAUUAGAGAGAACAAAAGUUUGGAAAUUUCUCUAAUUAAGAAAAAUGAGGGACUCCAGUGGCCAGAACUAAUAGUUGGUGACACAAGAGGGGAAUUCAUUAUGGACCCUUCCCAACGAUCUGCAAUAGCUGAAAGCCUGAUGCAUCUUACCUCAGAAGUAAUGAAUCCGAACCCAGACAAGGAAAACCCACCUUGUAAUGCACAAGAAUUAGAGGAAUGUGAUGCUUUUCUUGAAGACGGUGCAAGUUUGUGCAGAUUUGAUGGUGAUACCUUGAAAAUUACUCAUGUAAUUAAUCUUGGAAGCAACCAGUAUCUUUUCUCAGUUGUUGUGGAUCCCAAAGAAAUGCCUUGCUUCUGUCUGAGGCAUGAUGUUGAUGCUCUUCUCUGGCAGCCCCACUCUGACCAACCAGAGAACAUGUGGGAACACAUUGCAACUUUUAAUGCUUUAGGUUAUGUCCAAGCAUCAAAGCAAGACAAGAAGUUCAUGGCUUGUGCCCCAAAUUAUUCCUAUGCAGCACUUUGUGAAUGUUUGCGACGAGUUUUCAUCUAUCGCCAACCAACUCCUCUCUCCACAGUCCUCUACAACAGGAAGGAGGGAAGACAAGUGGGACAGGUUGCCAAGCAGCUAGUAGCGACCCUGGAAGCUAAUGAUCCUAUCUUAGGCUUUCAGGCUACAAAUGAGAGGUUAUUUGUUCUCACAACGAAAACCUUGUUUUUAAUAAAGACCUCAGUGAAAAUCUAUGAAGAGGAAAAGAUAUAUUCCUUUUUGCGGACUAUUAGGUUUUUAGUUUUGACUACUUUGACUCUCCUUAAGGUUUUCCAAACCUACUCAGUGUAGUGAUUGAACAAGAUACUGAGAAUUUAGAGGGAGACAGCUUGCCAACAAUAUUAAAAAAAAAAAAAAAAAAAAGCUCUUCAAGUCUUCAAGGAGCCUAACUUUCUUCUUCCUGACAUCAGUAUUAUAUUUUAUAUCCAUUAUAAGAUUUUCCUUAUUCUUACCUAUGUAAAUUAAACCAGACUUGAGCCCUAAAUCUUCCUCCUCAUUCUGUUUUUUAAAAAUUGUCUUGAAGAUGCUUUUUAAAAAAGACUUAAUGAAAGUGUUAGUGUUUCAUAAAUGUUUUGCUUCUAAAUUUUCAUUAUUGAAAAAAUAAUGUUGAACAAGGUGGUAGAAUUCAUGCAGCAAUUCUUUAGAAAAAGAUUUUAUACAGUUAAUUACUUUGCAACAUAAAAUGUAUUGAGUUUUAUACGAAUAUUACUUAGUUACCUGAAAUUCCUCAAUUGCAGAGUAAAGAACAGGUAAUGGAUUUGGGGGGAAUGGAGGAGGGAAGAGAGAAUGAGAUUCAUAGGCAAUAUGCUUUUGUCACCUUACACUAUUACAGGAAGCUUCAGGACAGAUGAGAAUUUCAGCUGUUUGUCAAAUCCUACUGACUGUGGAAUAGAUAUCUAGAAACAGACUUUGGUAAUCUUCUGGAACAGAUUAAACAAAGUCAAAUAAAAUGAUCAGCUCUUCAGAGGCUGUGUUACAAUACACAGUGAGGAAAAAGGUCCUGCCUACAUGUGUGUGAUUCAAAGGAGUACAGGUUUGCUCCUAGGUACAACUGAACAUGGUGAAAAGGUUUAUGCCUUGGUCUGUGUUGCUCAUUCGUUAGCAAUGGUGCUGUAUCCACAAAGGAUGUCAGACCACUCAUACAGAAAAAAAAAUAAAAUGGAUUAAGAACAUUGUAUUUAAGACUUGUUGCCUUGAGGAACUGUGCAUACCAUUGUGCAGCAAGAUACUAUAAUGAACUGGCUGCAAGCCACCGGGAGACAUUUACUAACAUCAGUAUUUCCAUUUCUAUGUUCACUUACUUUUAAGGCUUAUUUGCUUAGCAUUUUAAUGCAGGCUCAUACAAAGAAUAUGCAAUAUUAUGUGGAUAUUUAAAAGGGGUGGUUUUUUGAAAAGCAUAGCCUGAUUUUUCUGGGAUUCUACCUCUUGAAAUCUUAGAUUUUAAGACACAGUACUUCCUGAGAGGUGCCAAUCAACUGAGAUCCAUUCACAGAAUUUCUAAGAAACUAUUUCAAUAGUACACAUUUACAUUAUUUAUUUCAAAAAUUGUUUUCCCUGGCUGAUUAUCUAUUUGGAAUGUAUCAUGUAUUCU